AUGGCACCAAAAGCACAGAAGAGCCCCAAGGGCCAGAAAAAGGUCAAAAAGAAGGCCAAACAACCAAUACUAGUUGCCGAGGAAGAGGAGCCAGUGAACAUGGAGAGCAUGGGCCAUCCAGAGAUUUAUCCAUUAGUCUUAACGACCAAGACCCAGGAAAUAUUCAACUGUCGAGCAGAUGAAGAUUUCACAGAUGAGCAAACGUAUAAGCUCAUCAAAAAAGAAGAUAUCUUGGCCGACUUGCUGAACCGAGCCGCAGUAUCUGACUUCCACCCGGUGAAAAAAAUUGUCCGGGAAUAUCCUGGGGAUGAGUUGCUGCUCGUUUACGACAAAGACUUCAAAUAUGGACUCAACUUUUACCUCAUUGGGACCGAGGAAGGCAAGGAAAACUUUUUAAAUACCCUAGAAGUGCCAGAGGAACAAGAAGAACCAAAGGAGCAUGCUCCAGAAGAUAUGUACGUCUACAAACCGCCUGUCUCCAAGCCAUGGGUGUCUCUGGGCAGUGAGAAGGAAAUUGAGGAAGAAUCCGUCAAGGAAUCAAAAAGGCGGGUGAUGUACAUGAUUUCUAGGAAAAGACGUCAAUUUGGUGCCCCCGUGACUUUCAGAGACCAGAAUGCUUCUAGCGUCAAAGAUGCCUACAUUGAGUGUGCUUCCUACCUUGAUAAAAAUUACACACUCACACAAGCUGAGAAAGACAUUGGCUUGCAAGUCAUUCCUGAUGUCAAGGACAGAAGCACUCAGACAAGAUGGGCAUUUCCUAGAAAUGCGACUACACAGUAUUAUCCAAGGGAAUUUUCAGCAGAGGAAAAAGAAACCCUGGAAAAAUCCAGGUCUUUGGUCGAUUUUCUCAACAACGUGUCCACAAGUGUUGAAAUAGCCCUUCAGCAAAAUGAAAUCAUGAACACGUUUAUCAAUGACUGGAAGAACCUUGCAGAGGAAGAAAGCACCUUUGGGGACAAGAGUGACACCCACCUUAAAGAGUACCAGUCCUUUACAGACCUUCACAGCACCAUGGAGAAAAUGAUUACCUGUGUCUCGUGGCACCCAACCAUCUAUGGGCUCAUAGUCGUGUCGGUGGCUGUGCGCCUCUCCUAUGAAGAGAGAGUCCACUUUUCGGGUAAACUACUGCUACAGCCAUCCCUGAUUCUUUUCUGGAGUUUCUCUGACCCCAUACACCCCCAGUUGAUGCUGGAGAGCCCCGAUGACAUCUUCUGCUUUGAGUUCUGUCCGAGUGACCCUAACAUCAUCGCUGGAGGCUGUAUAAAUGGACAGGUCGUCCUCUGGGACAUCACUUCGCAGGCAGACCGCAUAGAAAACAUCAAGGCCGGCGGCAGCAGGAGUAAAAAGGCCACUCUCAAGCCUAUGUUUCUCCUUGAACCAGACAGUAAUAAAGAAGCGAUGUACAUCAGACACUGUGCGGUGUCUUCAAUAGAAAACGGACAUAGGAAAGUAAUCACAGAUAUACACUGGCUGCCAGACUCAUUUGAGAUUAACAGAAUGGGCUCUGUCUUUGAAAAUCGGAGUGGGAUAAACUGUCAGCUGGUCACGUGCUCAGCGGAUUGCACAAUAUGUUUUUGGGAUAUUCGACCCCAAAAACCUACAACAGAGAAAAAGAAAGAAGAAACCAUUGAAAUUCCCUUUGAUGUGCCGUCGACUUUCUUGCACCUGGAUCUGUCCUGGAAACCCCUGUCUAGAAUAAAGCUGUCUAAGGGAGAAACAAGCUUAGAUCACUGUCCAACCAAGCUGAGUCUGGGUGAAGACCCUCUUCUUUGCAGAAUUCAAGACAAGAUGUUAAACCAGAUCAAAGCCCUGAAGGCAGCCGAAAUAAACCCCUACCACAAUCUCGAAGCUGGGUUAGCCAAUGUGCUCAAGCCGAUAGAUGAUUUUUGCACCAAGUUCUUUGUGGGGACAGAGGAAGGCGAAGUGAUAUACACAGACUGGAAAAUGGAGAGAGACUCUGAAACUGGACGGUUUAUGCCUAAGAAACCUGUCAACCUCUACACUGUCCAUGACGGGGCUGUCCACACUGUUCAGAGGUCCCCUUUCUACAACGACAUCAUCCUCACUAUUGGGGGCUGGAACGUGGCCAUCUGGAAGGAAGAAGUCAUGACUGGACCGCUCCUUCAGACAUGCUGCGCACCGAAAAGGUACACGGCUGGGCACUGGUCCCUGACGCGGCCCGGCGUAUUCUACAUCGGCCGAGAAGAUGGAUUCGUCGAUAUCUGGGACCUCCUGGAGAAAACCCACGAACCGGCCCAGUCCCAGAAUAUCUGCAUCACCAUGAUCACCUACAUUAAACCCUGGACCUUUUCCAGUAAGCAGCAGUUUAUAGCCAUAGCUGAUUAUUAUGGAACGCUGCAUAUCUUAGAAAUUCCGUGGACACUGAGCCACCCAUCCUUCAACGAGGUAUCAAGUGUGAACUACUACUUUGACAGAGAGGUCAAGCACCUGGAAUAUGUCCAGCAGCGCAAGUUGAUCCGUGAUCAAGAAAAAAAAGAAAUGGCCCUGGAACUGGUGAAGAAGAAAACCAAAAUCUACAGCAAGUCGAAAGAGCAGAUGGAGGCGGAACUGAAGCUGGAGUAUGACAGCUAUGUGGAGCUCGAGAAGUCCGUCCUCUUCAGUCUCGGCCUAGGCAAAGUCUCAGAGAAGGUAUCAUACUUGGAGCUUAUUUAG